AUGGUGGACCAGGAUUUCCUGUCAGAGAAGAGUGGCUUUGAGGAAAAGGUCCUUGACACUCCUUCAAGUGAAGUUCAAGAUGGCAUCAUCAAGGACUGGGACAAGGAAGAGUCUGCCGUUCGUCGCAAGAUUGACUUCAUCUUGAUUCCUACCCUAGCCCUCGCCUUCUUCGCCCUUCAGCUCGAUCGGGGCAACAUCAGUGCUGUCCUUACCUCGACCAUCACUAAAGAUCUCGGUAUCACAACGAACCAAGUCAACAUCGGUACUCAACUCCUAUCGGCCGGCAUUGUUCUCUCCGAGAUUCCAUCCAAUUUCCUUUUGCAGCGCAUCGGACCCCGUACUUGGCUAUCGGGUCAAUUGUUCGCCUGGGGACUGGUGGCUACGUUCCAGGCUUUUGUCCAAUCUUAUCCGGCAUACCUAGUGACGCGCAUCUUGCUUGGUCUCUGCGAGGGUGGAUUCAUUCCAGGCGCGUUAUACUACCUUUCGAACUGGUAUAAGAAGGAUGAAACCAGUCUCCGCACUAGUUUCUUCUUCUAUGGUCAAAUGUUUGCUUCUGCAACCUCAAGUCUGAUCUCCGCUGGUGUGCUCCGAUUAAGUGGCGCCCAUGGCAUGGGCGGAUGGAGGUGGAUUUUCCUCAUCGAGGGUCUCAUCACUCUGUUCAUUGCAAUCGUCUUCACCCUUUUCGUUCCACCCAGUGUAGGUGACGGCCGUCCGCUUAUUUCCUUUGGUCGCUGGAGCUACUUCAGUGAGAGAGAAUCGCACAUUAUUCGCAAUCGAGUCUUGCUGGAUGACCCCAGGAAGGCUAAGGGCCACAUCCAGAUCUCCAAGUCUGAUGUCGGAAAAGCUCUUACGAACCCGCGUAUCAUGCAGCACGUGUUAUUGACUUUGGUGUCCAUGUCUGCCUUCCAAGGCCUGAGCCAAUAUACCCCCACCAUGAUCAAGUCGAUGGGAUUCGGCUCCAUCAAGGCCAAUGCACUCGCAUCUGUACCUGUGUACUGCGGUAUCGUCUGGCUGACAAUUCUGUCCUUCCUCUCGGAUCGCACCGGCCACCGCGGUCCAUUUGUGUUGCUCGCCAUUACCUGGAACGUGAUUUCCUAUGCAUGCCUGCGCACCGAUUCCCAAACUGCCGGGCAGUGGCACCGCUAUGGAGUGAUUGCCGUCGCCAACGUCUCCUAUUGUAGCAUGCACAUCCUGAAUGUUGGUUGGUUGUCCAUCUACUGCCGCUCUCCCCAAGAACGAAGUGUCGCCAUGGCGCUGGUUGUGAUGGGAGCCAACUGUGCUGGAAUCUCUGGCGCGCAAAUUUUCCGAACGGAAGACGCACCCAAGUACCUGAAUGGCUUGACAGCCAUCGCCGUCAUGGCUGGGGUCUCGUGGUUACAAGCCGCAGUCCUGGGGGUACAGACUUAUAUUGGACGGAAAAAGGCGAGUGGAAAGGACAGCGAAUCCAGCCCUUCCACAUCUUCAUCUAAUUAA